AAGCUGGUGGGACAUUUUCUUUUUCCCUACUUUCCUUCUGGCCUAACCAGCAAACCUACGGCUCCUCCCAAGCUCGUCUGAGAGGUUCAGAACGUCAACAUGGAAAACUGUGUUGAUGUCAAGAUAGAAAGCAAGGGGGAAAGAAUGCCAAUGAAGCAGAAUCCACUGAGCACGGGUGGGAAGAGUUUUUGCAGAGCUGUGGGUUACCUCACUGGAGACAUGAAGGAUUUUGGAACCUGGCUGAAAGACAAGCCCCUCGUGAUCCAGCUCCUUGAUUGGGUGCUGCGUGGGAUAUCCCAGGUGAUGUUUGUUAACAACCCCCUCACUGGGCUGGUCAUCCUGGCCGGGCUCCUGCUGCAGAACCCGUGGUGGACACUCACAGGAUGUGUGGGAACACUGGUCUCAACUUUAACAGCGCUCAUUCUGGGUCAGGACAGAUCAGCCAUAGCAGCAGGGCUGUAUGGAUACAACGGGGUCCUGGUGGGAUUGCUGAUGGCUGUCUUCUCCGCUGAUGGAGACUACAACUGGUGGCUCCUCCUGCCUGUGGCACUGGUGUCCAUGACCUGCCCUAUUUUCACCAGUGCUUUAAGUGCAGUUUUCUCUAAGUGGGAUCUGCCUGUUCUCACGUUGCCCUUCAACUUGGCCCUGAUCCUCUACCUGGCUGCUUCAGGACCACACAACCUCUUCUUCCCCACGACUGUGAUUCGUCCUGCAAUGGCAACACCGAACAUCACCUGGGCAGAUGCUGAAAUCACAAUGCUCCUGCAAUCCAUCCCAGUCGGCGUGGGCCAGGUUUAUGGUUGUGACAACCCCUGGACUGGGGGAAUUUUCCUGAUUGGUUUAUUUAUCUCCUCUCCACUCAUUUGUGUCCACACAGUGAUCGGCUCAGCAGUGGGGAUGCUGGCAGGGCUGAGCUUAGCAACGCCGUUCAGCCAAAUCUACUCGGGGCUGUGGGGCUACAACAGCUCCCUGUCGUGCGCUGCCAUCGGGGGCAUGUUCCUGGCUCUCACCUGGCAGACACACCUCCUGGCCAUGGCCUGUGCCCUCUUCAGUGCCUACCUGGGAGCAGCAGUGACCCACAUGCUCUCUGUGUUUGGGGUGCCAUCUGGAACCUGGCCCUUUUGCUUGUCUGCCCUGACCUUCCUGCUAAUGACCACGAACCACUCUGGGAUCUGCAGGCUGCCACUCUCCAAAGUCACCUACCCAGAAGCCAACAGAGCUUAUUACCUGAUGAUGAAGAAACAUGAGAAGUCCUGCUGUGAGGCAUAGAGACCCAAGAUGAGAGAAACUCAGCUCAUUUUAAGGCAAAAGCACGAGGUGUUUGCCCAACAGACUGUGAUUUGUGUGCUACAAUGUCCAACACCACUUCUGCAUGGAGAGACUUUUCCCACCACAUCUGUUUGUUCUAUUCAGGAGAUCUCUAUUAGGUAGGACUGGGCUGUGCUGGAAGAACCAUUUCCCACUAUCAACCUGUUAUGAUUGUAAAGCACACAUGUCUGAAAAGACACUUGAAUUAUAAGCAAUGGGAAAAUUACUUUCAAGCUGAAAAGAAAAUCUCUCUGUGAAAUUGAAGACGCCGAAAUCAGACGAAAGAAAUAAAGAGCAUCUUUCAGCAUAUGAGGGGACUUCAAAUUAAUGGCUAAACAUCUCAUGACAGCAAUAGGAGGCAUCCCAGAGAGUUUCAUUGUAGCAGAGAAAUGGAAUAAAGAGCACUCCUUGCCAAGUAGAAAAUAGGUUGUGAAGAAUUCUACCUGGAGGACCUCUCAAACCCCAUGGAGGGCGAUGUUUAUUAGCAAUCAGCAAACAUAAAAUAGACAUGAUUUCUGUGAUUUUUGUGUUAAUCUCAUGAUUUCUUUUAGUACUUGAACUUGGUGAUGGGUUAGCAAAGGAGGGGGCAGCAAGAAAGUCAUUGCUGUCCCUUUCCUAUGCAAUAAAAGGGCUCUGUGCAGUCGGUGCACAAA